UAUGGCUGCCCGCCACAAUAAUCCUCUGUGAGCGUUCCGGCAAAUUGAAGCGGCUCUCAGUUGUUGUCCAACUGCCGUCACGUCAAACUAAAUUUGUCCACCUUCUGUGCUAGGCUAACCGCAAAUAGACACGAUGUCGAUUCUAACGGGCAGCGCUAAUGCGGUGAAAUAUACGCUCUUUGGAUUUAACUUGAUCUUCUUGAUCACUGGAAUUAUUCUGAUUGCCGUUGGAGCCGGCGUUGGUGCCGUUUACACGGGAUAUGAGCUCUUCCUGGCUGGAAAGUUCUUCUCGAUCCCCACUUUUCUGAUCGUGAUCGGAUCGUUCAUCAUCGUGAUCUCGUUCUUCGGCUGCUGGGGAGCCCUGAAGGAGAACUACUGUCUGGUGCUCAGCUUCUCGAUCAUGCUGACCAUCAUCUUCAUCCUGGAGUUGGCCGCCGGCAUCAGUGGCUAUGUCCUGCGCAACGACGCCUCCAACUUGAUCAGCACAUCCUUGACCAACUCGCUGAAGGAGUACAACAGCCUCAACCAGAACGCGACCACUCAACUCUGGGACGAUGUCCAGCGGGAGUUCGACUGCUGUGGUGUGAAGAACUACCAAGACUGGCUGGUUACCUUCCCCAACGGUUCCCUGCCCAUCUCCUGCUGCACCAUCCCAGUGGGAGCUGCGGGCACCUUCGAAUGCUCGAACAACACGGCCAGCCUUCCUAAUCGCCACAAGGACGGCUGCCUCGACGGCUUCUCCAACUACAUUGCCGCCCAUGCGGUCAGUCUGGGGGCGGCGGGCGUGGUCAUUGCCAUUCUGCAGUUCUUUGGCGUCAUAUUUGCUUGCUACAUUGCGCGUGAGAUCAAAAUCCGAAACGGCAUUACUGGCUUCAUUUAAGCCAAGCCUACAUAGAUUCUAGCCAAGAGCCGCAGUUUAACAUUAAGUCAUUGAUAAAUUCAAUAGAUGUUUCUAGUGCUAUAUUAACUUUUCUUUCUGCUGAUACAAAUAAACAUAUACCUAUACUUCUAAACAACA